CCAAGCCAGAGCGCGCACCUUCCUGAGUUUCCACCAUUACGCCGUGAGCCUCCACAAAGCCGGGGUGGGGGGGGGGACCCCGGCGAUCGUGGGAAAGGGGCCCCUGGCUUCAGCGGUGCUCACUCUUCCUUCGUUCCCUCCCCACCGGGGUCGUUUGCAUUCAACAAGCAUCGCGGACGAACUUCUCCAGCGGCGCGGGCUGCGGCCGCCCCCCCGCAGCACUGCCCUGCGGUGUCCUGCGGAGCGGAGGGGGGGGAAAGAAAGAUCUGCCUCCACUGCAAGUGCCCCAGGGAGGAGCAUGUCGCGCCUGUGAUGCCCCUGGAGAUGGAGAAGACUGUCAACAAGUUAAUGUUUGACUUUCAGAGGAACUCCACUUCCGAUGACGAUUCUGGGUGUGCCCAGGAGGACUACAUCUGGGCUCCCCCAGGCCUCAAACUUGAGCAGGUUCACCAGUAUUACAGUUCACUUCCCGAGGACAAGGUGCCGUUUGUGAACAGUCCGGGUGAGAAGCACCGAAUCAAGCAGCUCCUACACCAGCUCCCGCCUCAUGACAGUGAGAUCCAGUACUGCAACACCCUGGACAGCGAGGAGAAAAGGGAGCUGAAGAUGUUCAGUGACCAGCGCAAACGGGAGAACUUGGGGAGGGGGAGCGUGCGGAUGCUCCCUGCGACCAUGACCGGGGCUGUCUGUGAGCAGUGCGGUAGACAGAUAAAUGGGGGCGACAUCGCCGUAUUCGUGUCCAGGGCGGGCCACAAUAUGUGCUGGCACCCCCACUGCUUCGUGUGCAGCAUGUGCUCCGAGCUCCUGGUGGACCUCAUCUACUUCUACCAGGACGGGAAGAUCUUCUGCGGGCGGCACCAUGCCGAGCAGCUCAAGCCCCGCUGCUCAGCCUGUGACGAGAUCAUCUUUGCCGACGAGUGCACAGAGGCGGAGGGGCGCCACUGGCACAUGAAGCAUUUCUGCUGCUUCGAGUGCGAGACGAUGCUGGGGGGGCAGCGCUACAUCAUGAAGGAGGGCAGGCCGUACUGCUGCGCCUGCUUCGAGUCGCUCUACGCCGAGUACUGCGACGCCUGCGGCGAGCACAUCGGUGUUGACCAGGGCCAGAUGACGUACGAUGGGCAGCACUGGCACGCCACCGAGUCCUGCUUCUGCUGCGCCCGCUGUAAGAAGUCCCUCCUGGGCCGGCCUUUCCUGCCCAAGCAGGGCCAGAUCUUCUGCUCACGCUCUUGCAGCAUGGACCAGGACCCCGAAGACUCGGACUCAUCAGACUCUGCCUUCCAGAGCGCGCGCUCCCGUGAAUCCCGCCGUAGCGCCAAGGUGAGCAGGAACGGAGAGAGGCGGGGGGCCCAGCGGGAGGCCCAGCGGGAGGCCCAGCGGGAGGCUCAGCGGGAGGCUCAGCGGGAGGCCGCAUCGCGCCCAUACUCUGCCGGACUGGACCCACUCACCCGCAGGAUGGACCUGCUGAAUCUCUCCAGCCAGGCACCUGGGCUGACUCGCGACCAGCGUGUGUGGAGAAGCCAGGGUGAGCUGAACACACAUGAGGCUCCCGCUGAGAACCUCGCAGCCAGCCCCCUGCAAAUCAUUGGCCAGUGCAAUCCGAAGGCGCCCUUUAAUCCGGCCCAGAACCAGGGAAGCUCCGUCCACAGUCAGGCAAACCCUUCAGGAAACCCCUCCCUGGGAAAACAAGCAAACCCAUGGGUGAAAGACCAGCUUAACGUGAAGAGGCCCCCCAUGUCCGCCCUAAAGGGACGCUCCUUCAACGAGGACUGGAUCCACCGCAGCCGAGACGAGUUCUUCCCGCCAAAACUGAAAGCGCAGAUGAGCUUCAACGAGGCCUCCAGCAGCGGCUUCUCAGAGAACAGGCCCGCUGGUCUUUACGGGUUCCACAGGGAGGUAGAACCCCAGCUGGGCAGGACCAGGAACCCCAUCAGUGGCCUCAGUUUUAGUAAGCAGCUCACCCCGUUAGCACAAACGCCAAGGAGCUCAGUAGAAUCGUUAGCGCUAUCCAACGCUACAGGUCCUUCGGCCGAUGGUGACAAGUUCAGGCAGGAGCAUCUGUCCAGGUUCUCCAUGCCAGACUUGAGCAAAGACUCUGGCAUGAACAUGUCCGAGAAGAGCAACAUGGGCACUCUGAACUCCUCGCUGCAGCUGCAGAGCUCGGAGUCGCUGCAGAGUCUGACGUCUGUGCACCCGUUCCCCAGUGUGGCCCUGCCGGUCAGGCUGCAGUACCCGCCUCAGUAUUACAAAUCGCCCCAGAGCUUCCCGUUCGGGGACGAUGGCCAUGCCAGUGGCUACGGCGCCCAGCGCACCCCCAGCAGCCGGAGGCGCGCCCGCACCCCCGAGGCCCCACCCCCCAGGCGUCGGCACCGUCGCCAUACGCGCCGCUCCCGCCUCUCGUGCUCCGACAAUGCCCUACACCUGGUGAGUGAGCGACAGACCCCCACCCACGGCCCGCUGCCACAGCAGCAUCUGCGAGACGACUACGGCCACUUCCCGCAAGCUAGGCCCAACAGGGGCCUCUUCGGGGCCAACUGGUAUCGACCGGAACCCUGCCGGCCGUGUCCGCGGACGACCUCUGACCUCAACCUGCAGAACCCCAUAGACCGGUACCCGGGGCAGCACUUUGACGGAUAUGGCGACGGGGAGGAGUGGUGCUCCACCUGCUCCUCAUCCUCACAGUCGGAUGACGAAGGCUACUUCCUGGGCGAGCCCAUCCCCCGGGCCGUGGGGCUGCGCUACAUGACUGGGGAGGAGCUCAGGCACCACCAGUACGGCUCCCCAGGGCUGGGUGGCCGGGGGCAGCUGCACACCCGCAAACACCGCAAGACUAAAAACUGCAUCAUCUCAUAGCACGGGAGAAGAGAACGGAACCUUCUCCAGCCCCCUCGUCUCACAUCGCACUGUCUUUGCUCUCAGAUGGUUUCUAUUGACUUACUCUCUAUGCUCUGAUUUUGACAAGUGAUGCCACAGCCUGUAAAUGCCUAUCGUGUCCUAAGGUUUAUGAGUGGGUGACAAACGUCCGGUGUAUUAUGCCCAUUAGCUGCACAGAGGCUUUCGCAUGUGUACCAGGAACUCUUUCAGGUUCGUAUAUUGACUGUCACACUUCUUAAAAUGAAACCGCUGGCUGUGAGGCAGAGACCUCCAGAAGAGGAGUGAGGGAGGGAAAGAAAGAAAGAAAGAAAGAAAGAAAGAAAGAAAGAAAGAAAGAAAAUGUAACCAUCAUUUAAUUAACGCCUGAGUGUCACCUGAAAGAGCUCUAGAUCAGCAUCUUGGUGAUGGACCAUUGAGAAGUUCCCCCAAACCAAAUUCUGGCCAGUGCCCAGCUGUGAACCAGUGUGCUGGUCACAGUGCUGGGUAAGAUUUUUACAUUUAGCUCGUCUGUUGCGACCCGCCAGCCUCUGUGGAGACAAAAACAAAAAAAAAAACAAAAAAAACAAAAAACAAAAAAAAACAAUAGCUCAACUUAGCAUUUUCUGUCCUCCCUUCUACCAUGUGUAAAAAUAACACUGAUGUCACGUAUGCGCUGGUGUUUUAUCAGAGUGUGCAAAAGCAAAUUGUCCAGGCACAGUAUAGUUCAGUAUAGUCCUGCUUCUUAUGCAAUGGUCUUGGUUUUGGCUUUACAGUUUCAUUGAGUUUUAUAAACUAUAUAUAUAUAUACAUAUAUAUAUAUUUGCUAAUUUAAAAGGGGUCUUACUGUAAAUAGAAAAAGUCUGCCAUAUUUUUUAUAUUUUAUAUUUACAUAAUUUAAUGUAUUACAUAAUAGAGAUAGGUGUGCAUGCAGUUUUAUUGGUUGAUAUUGUUGUGUAUUGGAAUUGAGGAGUAUUUAAAUGAACCUUGUUUUGUGGUCUCCUUGACAGGAACACCGCCGAGAAUAACUCACAGGUGGGUCUCUUUCAAACAAAUGCAGUACAUAACUGUAAGUCCUCUGUAUUCUGUUUACUUCUGCGGCAGGUGUCUGUUUCCACAUUGUGACAAUUAAAAUGGGCUCUCUGUGGCAAAGGAUCUUCAUCUGCUUCUCUAAUAAAGGCAUAAGCACAACAUGUGUUGCUUUCGAUGAUGCCACUCAGCCCAUUUGUCAUGUUUUUAUUGGUUUAUUUGUCAAGGCCAGUGGGUGACACCCUGGCACCUCGCACCAGAAGUGGAACACCAAGGUCAUCCUUACAGCACCACCCACUGUUGGAGCUGAAUGAAGAAUGUACAGCAUAAACCAAAAUAAAAAAAGGCAUUUUA